AUGGCUUCCAAUUUCCCAGAGCAUUAUCCUACGCGGAUUAACGCUGAGUUUAUAGCUUUGAAGACGAUUGGUCUCAGAAGACAGCGGAAGAGGGCAGGCAUCUACUUGAGUGACAGUGCCCAUUGUGCCCUGGAGGAGCUCGUCAGUGUGUCCUGUGAUGGCUGCCCUGUCAUCCUGUUGUGUGGCGCCUGUGACGCGGGAAAGUCCACGUUCAGUAGAAUACUGAUUAACCAGUUACUGAACAGCCUCCCCGGGGUUGACUACCUGGAAUGUGAUCCCGGGCAGACGGAGUUCACGCCUCCUGGCUGCAUUGCUUUACUUACCAUUACAGAACCGCUGCUGGGACCACCUUACACGCAUCCGAGAAAGCCACAGAGGAUGGUGUAUUAUGGAAAGAUGACUUGUCAAAAUGACUAUGAGAAUUACAUUGAGAUGGUGAAGUAUGUGUUCAGAGACUACAAGAGAGAGUCCCCACUUAUCAUCAACACGAUGGGCUGGGUGAAAGAUGAUGGACUGCUGCUGCUUGUUGACCUGAUCCGCUUGUUGUCUCCCAACUACGUCCUUCAGUUGUAUUCUGGCCGGGGUCCUACAAUGCCCUCUCUGACUUCAGAGUAUGUAGAGCUCACAGACGGCCUGUAUACAAAAAGCAAGAUCAAGAGACAUCGAGGGUUUGAAAUUGAAGAAUUUGGAGACAGUUCGGAUUUUACUGAAGAAGAGAAAGAUUCCAGUUCAGUUCCAGUCUUCCCUGGACAUAAGCUGAUGUUUGUUUACACAGAAUUUCCGUGGAGAAAAAAUGAGAAAAAUAGGGCCAAAUUCAACACAAUUUUUCGAGAUCUGGCGGUGUUGGGCUACCUUAGCCAGCUGAUGCCUCCUGUGCCAGGGCCACUUAGUCCUUUGCAUAGCCUGACGCCCUAUCAGGUCCCCUUCAAUGCAGUUGCUGUCCGGAUCACUCACGCUGAUGUUGCCCCUGCCCACAUACUGUACGCCAUAAAUGCCAGCUGGGUUGGGCUUUGCAGGAUACAGGAGGACAUGAAAGGAUACACUCGGGGUCCCAUCCUGCUUGCCCAGACCCCCAUAUGUGACUGUUUGGGCUUUGGCAUCUGCAGAGGCAUUGACAUGGACCAGCGGAUGUACCACAUCAUCACCCCUCUUCCUCCAGAAGAGCUGAAAGCUGUGAACUGUCUGCUGAUUGGUUCCAUUUCCAUUCCACACUGUAUUAUCAAGAACCAGCCGGGACCUGAAGGGACAAUUCCUUACAUCACCACAGCUUAUAAUUUUAAACUUCCUGGAGCAUCGGAGAAAAUUGGAGAAAGAGAAUUUGAACAUGUAGGGUACAGAUUCUACAAAAAGGGAAAGUAGAGCCUUGGUACAGGCGGAGACUUUCUGCCUGCUCAGAGUCGGCAGGUCGGUGAGGCUUUGUGACUGUGAACAGCGCCCUCGUGUCCAGUGAGGUUCAUGGAACUGGACAACCGUGCUGCAUAGUAAAUAGCUCAAGACUCCAUUUUUCAUUUUCUCGCUAAGACAUGGUCUCCAUCAUCCAAGUGUGGCGUUACAGUUCUGUGUCACCACAUCCAGCUUUCAGAGUUUUCUCUUAAGCUGUUUGAUCUCAAACUUGGCCUGGACUGCUUUCUGACUGACUGUCUGGCUGAGUGGAAUGUUUCCUGACGAGCUGUAGAGAGUGAGGAAAGCUGUGUCUCAUCACCAGACCAGAAGAGCACAGCCCUCUCAGUUCACCAAGGACCUGACCAUGGCAAUCGAGAUAAAAUUGGGGAAUCCCGGAUCACAAAAAUGUGCCGAGAAAUGAGCAGCAGGCUGACCCCCCCAGUCCUCAGGCCAGUGCGCAGGUGCCGGGGUCUGAGCAGGCUGGAUGGGCAUGAGUGAGAGGCUUACUUUGAGCCACCUGGACCUUACCAGUUAGGCGAGCUGGACUCAAAUGCCUGGUCCUUGAAUGCCAUUGAAUCCCCCAAUCGUGCAGUCGAGUGGUAGAGGGUUGUAUUUGCUCUGUUACUUUCUCUGCCAUUUUAAUCAUGAGACUUUCUAUUGAAGAAGUCGCUCUGACAUCCAGAAAGCCUCCAGAUGGUUCCGUACGUCUGGGUGUGCUCUGACUGACUCCUCUGUUGAGGCGGGACACACUGCCCCGGGUCCACCAGCCUGUGAACAGACACCUUGUGCCUGACUUGGGCAAACCUUUGCUGCAGUGCUUUCUUCUAGGGACCUGGAGGCCACUGCCAGCGCCAUUUUUUUCCCUAGCGUAUUUUGUAAUUAGAAGUGACUGGGUCAGGUUAUUUUUGUGGAUGAAAAAUAAUCAGACCACUGAGGAACUUCUUGAGUUGUCGUGACUGACAUCAGAAUUUCUUCACCUUCUAGUAGGAUCAUGUUCGAAGACCAUUCCAGCCUGGGAAAGGGUUAAUGAUGUUUAUGUUCACGCAUACUAUUGAUUAUCAAUGUCUUGUCUGUGACCAUACCACCCUGAGUGUGCCUGGUCUUGUCUGCUUGGACCCCAUCUUUGACCUUGGCAUUUGAAAAACCUAUUAGGAAGCCGGGCAAGUGGUAGAGCAUACCUCUAAUCCCAGCACUUGGGAGGCAAAGACCAGAGGAUCUCUGAGUUCAAGACCAGCCUGGUCUACAGAGUGAGUUCCAGGACAGCCAGGGCUACACAGACAAAAAGCCUGUCUCAAAAAACGAAAGAAAAAGAAAGAAAAACCCAUUAGGAGACAGAACUGCAGCAGCCUGGUUGGUCUGAAACCCUCUAGACCAUUUAAGGACUCACUAAUUAGCUGUCCCUUAUUUAUAUCUAGCUUUAGCUUGUGUUGUGUCUUUCUGUUUGGUGGGGAGGGGGAUCGUCUCACGUUGCCCAAGCAAGUGCACUCCAUUGCUUCUCGUUUCUGAGGUGGCAGAUGUGCACAGCCUUAGCCUUGCACCGUCUCUCUUCCGCGCCCUCCCCAGGUCUUCCUGUCUUCACAAGAAUAAAGACCCUGAAAUGUAA